GCCAUUCGUGAUAGCAUAAGGCUACAGUAACCGGGCAGAAUGGAUGCCUACUGCUAACACCUUCAACCCCAGUCAGUCUAAGGUCUCGUUUGUUCAAGCUCAGCUGAUCUACUCUUUCGAUCGAAUCACAAUCAAGGUCUGGUCUGUUGUUUUCAAAAAAAGCUCGUCAAGUGCGCGAAAAGCGGUGAUUAGUCAUUCUGGGGGGGGCGUCCUUGUACUUAGUACAUUUUUUUUUUUUUGCCCUCGCAUUUCUCUUUCCUCCGGCUGCUCUUAUUAAAUUCCUUGUCGUCUCUGUUUUGUUGACGGAGAGGUUUAGGACUGGACCAGGGGAAUGACUGGAGGUAUAUAUACAGCACGUCUAC